AUGAAAGGAGAGUUUAUGCAUGUGAGAUGUGCUGGUCAUAUCAUUAAUUUGAUAGUGAGAGACGGGUUGACUGAAGUUUCUGAGAAUUUACUUGCAAUCAGGAAUGCUAUAUCUUAUUUUAGAUCCCACUCAAAUAGGCAAAACGCAUUUGACCAGAAGAUAGAUUCUGUUAGGAUGACAAGGGGUCGUUUGCCUUUGGAUGUUAAGACUAGGUGGAAUUCGACUUAUUUGAUGUUGCAGAGGGCAAUUAAGUACAAGGUAGCAUUUGAUAAGAUGGAGACAGAAGACAAGCUAUACAAUGAUCAUUUCUUGGAGAUUGAUAAUGGAAAAAAGAGAGUUGGACCUCGUAGCUUCAAUGAUUGGCGUGCAGUUGAAAGGUUAGACAAGUUUUUAGAGAUUUUUUACAACUCAAUAUUGAUUGUCUCGGCUUCUACUAAACUGAAUUCUCAUAAGUGUUAUGGAGAGAUUGUCAACAUAUCAACCAAUCUUGACCUGCUGUGUUCUAGUUAUGAUUCUGAGUUGAAGAUAAAGGCUGAGGAAAUGUAUAAGAAGUUUGAUAAGUACUGGGAUGGGAUUAGUAAUAUCAAGCUGAUGUUGAUAAUAGCGACAAUAUUUGAUCCUAGUAAGAAGCUUCAUUUUGCUAAGAUUUGUUUUGCUGAGUUGUAUGGUGCAGAGACUCCAACAUAUAAAGAGAUGUAUGACAAGGUUUAUAAUCUUCGGAUUGAUAUGUUCAAGGAGUAUAGUGAUCGGUAUGCUAAAUCUCAGCCUUCUCAGUCUUCUCAGUCAUCUCCGUCAUCUCAGUCUCAGCCUUUUCAGUCAUCUCAGCCAGAUGUGAGUGAAGCAGAUAGUGUUCCUCGUCUUUUCACAAUUGAUAAAAGGUACAAAGCAGCGUUAAAUGAGAUUGGAGUUCAAGUAACAAAAGAUGAGUUGACUACAUACCUGAAAGAGGCUGUUGAGAAUCCAGAUGUGAUGAUGGGGACUGAGUGUGAUGUUCUAUCUUGGUGGAAAGUCAAUUGUGGUAAGUACCCUAUUCUAUCACAAAUGGCUCGUGAUGUCUUUGCUAUGCAAGUGUCAUCUAUAGCAUCUGAAAGUGCUUUUAGCACAAGUGGUAGGAUAAUAAAACCAUGUAGAAGUUGUCUAACUCCCUAUAUGGUUGAGGUUUUGAUGUGUACUGAGCAGUGGAUGAAACAAGACAUUGCAAUUGAAUCAAGAGUUCUUACCAAUGCUCAAAUUCUGGCAGAAGUACAAUAUGAAGAUCAACUUGAAAAAGAGUUCUGCAUUGAAGUUUAA